AUGCCAAAUUCAUCCCAGAAGCCCCCGGGCUCCAGAUUUCAAGUGCUCACACUAGAAGCUGCAAAACUACGAUCACAACACCGACUAUCACCCUCGCCCACCCCGUCUCUAUCUUCUACCGCACCCUCUACCGCACCGCGCGCCGCUCAACCUGCCCCGGAACCACCUCGCAAACCAUCCUCCCUGUUCUCCCAUUUCCGAAGUCGCUAUGCGGCCCAGCCCGUUUCUGUCCGCACAGGCUUCCGCGUUCUCCGCAUAUUAGCGCCCAUAGUCCCGAUUGGGCUCUUCUUCUCCGAACAUGUCCUGGGGGUUAUGUGGGUUAGCGGGCCGUCAAUGACGCCCUACCUCAAUGAGGACUACGAGCAGAUGCAUACGAAGCGCGAUAUGGUGCUUGUGAAUAUGUGGCCGUGGGGCGGGGCCGGGUGGCCCUGGGAGCGGACGAGGAGGUUGGAGAGGGGGAUGGUUGUUACGUUUCGAUCGCCAGCUAAUCAGGGCCAUAUUGCUAUUAAACGUGUGGUUGGACUUCCAGGAGACCGGAUCACAACUCGCGACCCCUGUAUGAAGCCCUCGCAGAUCGUGCCGUUUAAUCAUGUUUGGUUGGAGGGUGAUGCGGCGGAUCCGAAGAGGUCGCUUGAUAGUAAUACUUAUGGACCUGUGAGUAUUAGUCUGAUCACGGGAAGGGUGAUGGCUGUGAUGUAUCCGCGGUUUAGGAUGCUUAAAUGGACGGAUUGGGAGCAGGGGCUUGUCGAGGGUGAUGAUGAGCGGAGGUUAGGGGAUAAUUAUCGUCACGAGGUAAGGGAUCGUGUGUCAAAGGAAGCGGUCAAGUUGGAGCGGCCUGUUCUAUCAUAG